AUGUCGUAUAACAAGCAUACCGUUGGCAGUUUUUUGCAACAGCUGAAAAAUUACGAUGCAAACCAGAGUAUUGAAUCUUUGUUGCAUGAUGAAGAGUUCGCUAGCCUUCUUCGUAGCAUCUUCAUAUCUCUACCUUCAGAAUUCCAAAGCACAGCCCGAGAGAUGCUCACCAAGACCAACCAACGCGAGAAAAAGAAGACGAAAAGCCCAGCAUUAUCAGCAGUCAUUGAGAUCCAAAAUAUUGCUCUACCGCCCACUAUACAAGAUCACUAUUGGUUGUGGAAGGAGAAUCCUUCGCGAUUCUGGCAUCCCGUUGGAAUUUCGCAUGCCAAUCAAUCAGUCGAGUUCAUCGCAGUCGAAGCAUACCUUGCAGUCCGAAGGCUCCGUCAGCGACAAGUGCACGAUACCAUCCUUUGGAGGCUCCACGCUAGCUUCUUUUACCAGCUGGCAUUGUUGUUAGGGCAGGGUAAAAGGUUGGCACUGGCUGACUUACACAACAAUCGCUAUCAACGAUUGGUCAAGGCCCUCGCACAGUGCGAGAAGAUCACUGACGAGGAAACUGUUAUUAAAGCGAACCUGCAACUUUGGGCUGCUACUGGGUCGAGAUACAACAAAAUUUGUAUGGCUCUUGACAAAGGCGCGUUGUUUUUGCUUCCUCAUAUAUCAGACGCUGUAUGGGAGAAUACCAAAUAUCUAAAAGGUGCAGAAUUCGGUGAUGCAAUGUCCCAUCUGAGGAGUCAGGGCAUCAUGGAGCUAUCAGUUCAGCUUGAGGCUGACGUCGUAGCUAACCGAAUUCUCAAUGCUGCGCUUGACCCUUUCAAAUGGGAUGUUGUUGAUUCAAGGACUUUCGCUGCCAAUCAAUCAAUCGAGGCAAAGAUCGUUUCCAUUGAACCAUACGCUGAGUCGAAAGUUGUUGAAGCAGGUUCCUCCAUCGUAUCACAAGCUGUUACUGCCGGUCCGUCCAGCGGGCCAAGGGCUCUUGACACGAAGCUAAUUUCGAUCACUUCGCUAUUAAAUCCUCCAGAUGCGGCACAUCAAUCUGAUGAGAAAUCGAGAGACAUAAAUUUACAUUUGCAGUCGCGCAACUCCACUGAGAAGCCACAACGUAUCAAUUGAGUCUCCACUUAUGAUUCAACGCUUUCAUAGUACCCGUAACGGUCGGUCCCAGGUAUGAUUAUGUCAGGUGGAUGAGGGGAUGGAGAGGAAAAUUCCU